GUCUGCGCUGCCUCGAUGUUCCAGUUGCCCAUCUUGAAUUUCAGUCCCCAGCAAGUGGCCGGGGUAUGCGAGACUCUGGAGGAGAGCGGCGACGUAGAGCGCCUGGGUCGCUUUCUCUGGUCGCUGCCCGUGGCCCCUGCGGCCUGCGAGGCCCUUAACAAGAAUGAAUCGGUGCUGCGCGCGCGAGCCAUCGUGGCCUUUCACGGCGGCAACUACCGCGAGCUCUAUCAUAUCCUGGAAAACCACAAGUUCACCAAGGAGUCGCACGCCAAGCUACAGGCGCUGUGGCUCGAAGCGCAUUACCAGGAGGCUGAAAAGCUGCGUGGACGGCCCCUGGGGCCGGUGGACAAGUACCGCGUGAGGAAGAAGUUCCCGCUGCCGCGCACCAUUUGGGACGGCGAACAGAAGACACACUGCUUCAAGGAGCGCACGCGGCAUCUGCUACGGGAAUGGUAUCUGCAGGACCCAUACCCCAACCCCAGCAAAAAGCGUGAGCUCGCCCAGGCAACCGGACUGACCCCUACUCAGGUGGGCAACUGGUUCAAAAACCGCCGACAAAGGGACCGGGCGGCUGCAGCCAAGAACAGACUCCAGCAGCAAGUCAUGUCGCAGGGCUCCGGGCGGGCUCUAAGGGCUGAGGAAGAGGGCACGCCCGAGGUUCUGGGCGCCGCCGCCAGCCCGACCGCCAGCCUAUCCAGCAAGGCAGCUACUUCGGCCAUCUCCAUCACGUCCAGCGACAGCGAGUGCGACAUCUGAGCUGCCCAUCCAGCAUGCUCGAAAACAGAAUCCACUAUAAAACAAGACAAAAUGAAAUAGGAAGGGAGGAUGAGAGACCACGCAAACAGCGCUUGCGAAACCAGGUGGCCAGGGACCCGUGGGCUCGGGUUGCGCGUUUCCGCCCGGCGGCCGGCCUGGCUCAACCGGCGCCCUACAGCCACUAUCACAGGGGCCCGCGGUGAGGCCCAACCCAGCGCCACGUUCUCCUUGCUUUGCUUUUUCCCAAGAAUUUUACUGCAGAGAUGCCUCCGGAACCCGAACUGCACGCUGAGCGCCUGUCCUGAAUCUCCCGUGGGUAUUUCACGUCGAAAGGACGCUGUUAUAUAUGUAUAACUUUUGCUUUAAAGUUUUUUUUUAACAAAACAUAUAUAUGCUGUUUAUUUACUUAUUUAAAAGACUACAGUGGUAGGUUUCUCUGUAUCUUGGGAACUUGCUGUUUCUAAGGGCGCAGGGUGGAACACAUGUGUUCUGUGGGAAGAAGCCAAACAAUAAAAACCUGGUGAGCAACCUUUCUU